CCGAUUAAAUAUGAAAUGCGGUGGCAAUUCGCAAGGUCUCUGAAAUUUCUGGGACCAAACCAAACUGUUUCUGCUAUCUAUCAUCAUUUUCCUCUUCCAACACCAUUAUUAGGGUUUCCACUUUCUCAUUCCGACCCUCCAAAUUCAUCCAUAAUUCAUCCCAAUUUCGCCAUCCUUUCCUAGUUUCCCGUUCAGACAUCUCGCCACGACUCUCCCUGUUCUCUGUCUGCGCACCAAUGUUGGCUACGAGUGCAGUUGCUUCUUUGCCCAAAUUACCUCCAGUGAGAAGAGGACGCCACUGCAUUGAAGAGAAUGUUGUUCCUACAUCUAAAUUUCCAAGAGGGUUACUGACUGUUGAUAAUUCAAGAUCAUUGGGUAGAAGAACUCGUUCUACGCAGGCAGCAACUAUAAUAUGUGCUGCAGCUUUGAAUGCGAGAUGUGGUGCAGAGCAAACUCAGACUGUUACUCGAGAGGCUCCAACAAUUACUCAUAUUCCUGGGAAGGAGAAGUCCCCACAAAUCGAUGAUGGCGGAUCUGGAUUUCCACCUCGUGAUGAUGAUGGCGACGGUGGAGGAGGUGGAGGUGGAGGCAACUGGUCUGGUGGAUUUUUCUUUUUUGGGUUUCUUGCUUUUCUUGGCUUCAUGAAGGACAGAGAAAGCGAAGAUGAAGGUUACGGUUACAGGGAUAACCGAAGAAGGCGGUGAUGAAUUGGCAGGGACAAAUGAAUGAUUUGUUAGAAGAUUUUGGUGCUGUAUUCUUUAAUUUCCUUUAUCAUGUAUACGCACUGUAGAUUAUAUUGGUCAACAGGGUAUUGUGCUGUAAGUUGAAGUACCACUGAACUUUUGUUACUGUUACCAAUUAAACUCCAUCCAAAACUUCACCGUGGAAGGAAAAAGCUUUUGUAUCAUAGUAAUUUGUAACAAAUUAUGGGAGAGUAAAUCAUCAAUUUGUUUCUAAACAAUCACCCUUCCAAUUAGUUCCUAAACUAUUAAAAUCUAAA